AUGACGGACAGAGUCUACCCGUCUUCAAAGGUCGCCGCCAACGGCGCCACUAACGGCGCUACCGCCACCACCACAGCCGCCAACCCCACGGCCACCAAGCCGCAGCCGCUCCGGCAGCCCUACCGUCCUCAGCCGCAGUACCACCACCGUCGGCACCGCCGAAGCAACCGGAGUCUCUGCUGCUGCUGUUGUUUCUGGUCCAUACUUAUAUUCUUGAUUGUGGCUCUCCUCGCCGCUAUAGCCGGCACGGCUCUCUACGUCCUCUACCGUCCCCACCGCCCUGAGUUCACCGUCACCUCCUUCAAAAUCGGGAAGCUCAACCUCACCGAAAACGCCGACGGCGCCAGCUCACACCUCGUCACUCGCUUCAACCUCACUCUGGCAUCCAAAAACCCCAACAACCAUCUUAGCUUCGCAUAUGAGUCCUUCGCGCUCACUCUCUCCGCCAACAACGACGUCGUUCUCGGCAACGGCUCGAUCCCGGCCUUCUUCAGCGACACCAAGAACUUCACCUCCUUCCGGUCGAUCAUCACUGCUGCCGGCGACCUCGAUGUGGAGUCGGCCAAGUCGCUGAGAUCGGAUCUGAGGCGGAAAGGCGGGGUUCCGAUGAAGUUGCAGAUGGACACCAAGGUGAAGGUGACGAUUGGAGGGAAGCUGAAGAGCAAGAAGGUGGGGAUUAGGGUUACGUGUCAGCAAAUCAAGGGGGUAGCGCCGAAAGGUAAGUCGCCGUCGGUGGCGUCUGUUGCUGACUCCCACUGCAAGGUUGAUCUUCGGAUCAAGAUCUGGAGAUGGACCUUUUAA